ACAGAUUAAACCUAGUCCUCAGAUUUAAAGACUUCCUCCAAUGAUUGUUUUUUGUUUGUACUUGUCCUAUUGCAGUGGUAUCCCAAGUAUAAAUACGAUGUACACUAAAGGGUAAAAAAAAAAGUUUUCUAUUUGGUGUUUUUUAUACAGCUGCAAACUUUAAGGAGUUGGGCAUUCAAGAGUUGGUUUGAUUGGAAGUCUUGAUGUCAUCGGCCUCCCCAUUGCUUGAGGAGCACUAGAGAACAGAAGGCCCACCCCCACUGGUGCUGUCAUGACUUGCAUGGAUCACCUGUUGAGAUGUGUAAUCAGGUGUUUAAUGAUGUGACGAAGAGACUGCUGCUGUUGAAGAUUCACCAUUGAGGAUGCUCUUAGUCCAGGACUAGGCUUACUCAUUGACUGGGAAACUGGCCCUAGACAAAUUUGACAAGUUAUCUGUAGUGGAGUCAAAUCAGUUACUACACAGGCUCUUCCAAUACUCAAAUGAUGUAACCACAUCUAAAUUGUUUGGGGUGGUGACUACUAAGGUGGUAACAUUACUUACACACAUCCAAUCACUUAGCCCUGUGCUUACUUCAUGGACUGGUGGAUUUAAAAACAAAUAUGCUCCUGAAAGUGACACGGUGAAGAACCUGCCAUUAUUACAGAUGCUAUUACUUUACCCACACUACCAUUUAAUGGAUUUGGGGCAGGAAUUAUGUAUAUAGACUUAGUGAACAAUCUAGUGGUUAUGACUAAUUGAAAGGUGUGGAUGGUAAGUUUCUUUUGGCCUAGUUAGCUGAAGCCUGCACAGUAAGUGGUUGUGAACAGCGGUCUGAUCAAUUCGUUAUGAAGUCAAAUAGGCCUAAGGACAGUACCAUUGACAUGCACGUCUAGGGCUAAAGUUCUCCAUAGAAUCAGCCUUGGGGUGGCAGGGUAGCCUAGUGGUUAGAGCGUUGGACUAGUAGCCUGAAUGUUGCAAGUUCAAAUCCCCGAGCUGACAUGGUACAAAUCUGUCGUUCUACCCCUGUUCCUAGGCCGUCAUUGAAAAUAAGAAUUUGUUCUUAACUGACUUGCCUAGUUAACUAACUGUAAAAUGAGACUCAUCCACUUCAUACAGAAUGUUCUGAAGGUUGAGACUUCCUUGUUUGUCUCAGCAUGCUCGAAUGUUAUUUAGUGUUUUGCUUUAUUUGUUGGAAUGACCAUAGCAUUGUCUACUACAUACAUAAAGGUUUGCGUCUCAAAUGGCACACUAUUCCUAUAUACUGCACUAUUUUUGAACAGAGAUUUAUGGGUCUUAAUCAAAUUAGCAGCCUAUAAGGAAUAGGGUGCCAUUUUGUUAUUUAAAAUAUUGUAAGGUUUCGGGAUAGUAAAUUAGAACCCAUUCUUCAGUUCACUGUUAACACUGGGUCAUUGUCCAGCAGCUGUUUGCAGACUGAAAAAAGACCAGGCCAAAUCCUCAAACUGCGCCAUAUGACUACGGUUCUGCGCUCUCUCGUUUUGUCUCAAGCGUUUCUACGCGCUCCGGUGUAAGGGACGGCCCUUGUCUGUGGAAUGACUGAACCAGCAGACCGUAGCGGUAGGAUGGCUGUGGUUGAAACGGGCUGACCGAGCACGGUGUGCUUGCUAAUUUUAUUUUUCACGAAUAAUUUUGGAAUGCUUUCAUUUAACGAUCUCCCUGCAUAUUUUGUCUACUGUGCGUGUGAACGAGUUUACAUUAUCCAGCAUGCCUUUUCAUUACUGUUUAUAGCUUUGUUACAGAAGACGGGACUGAGCUGUCGGUUUACUAAAGAAGACUACUAGAUAUUUGAUCAUUAAACUCGGGCCAGGAUGUCUUCAAUACGGGAGGAUUAUAUGGCACCUUGGUGGACAUAUUGGCUACACGAUUUCCCUCAUGUCAAUUUGAACUUUCAGCCCAUCGACAACACGUUCACCCCCCAGGAUCAGAACUACCAGCAGUCAUUAAUCUUCCUGGCCUGUAUGGUGGCUGCAGGGCUGGGCCUGAACCUGCUCUGCCUGGCCAUUUACCUGAGCUGCCUGUGCUGCUGUCGGAAAGACAAUGAGGAGGAGGAGAGCAAGAGCCCCAACUCCUGCUGUGUCACCUGGUCCGCCGUCACCGCCGGACUCCUCAGCUGCGCUGCUGUGGGAGUGGGUUUCUAUGGCAACAGCGAGACCAACGAUGGGGUGUACCAGCUGACGUACUCCCUGUACAACACCAAUCAUACCCUGGGAGGGGUCGACAGCCUGGUGACGGGCACCAUGGGUAGCAUGGAGAGUGGUCUGAAGCAGCACCUGGCGAGGCUGGAUGAGAUCUUCGCUACGCGGGGAGACUACAUACAGACCCUACGCUUCAUGCAGCAGAUGGCUGACAACGUCAUCAAACAGUUGUUGGGCCUGCCUGACUGGGACAUGACUAAAGUAGACCUGGCCGCUAUCGCAGACCAGACCACAUACAUAGAGUACUACAGGUGGCUCACCUACCUGCUGCUACUGAUUCUUGAUCUGGUGAUCUGUCUGGCGGCUUGCCUGGGCCUAGCCAAACAGUCUCGCUGGCUGCUGACAACUAUGAUGGUGUUUGGGGUGCUGACAUUGAUCCUGAGCUGGGCGUCUCUGGGAGCUGACCUGGCCUCUGCUGUGAGCACCAGUGACUUCUGUGUGACCCCAGACAAGUUCAUCAUGAACCAGACCAAGGACCUAAUCAGUUCUGAGAUAGUGCAUUACUACCUGUACUGCAACCAGGCCCUCCCCAACCCAUUCCAGCAGUCUCUGACCAUCUUCCAGAGGUCUCUGACCACCAUGCAGAUGCAGAUACAGGGCCUGCUGCAGUUCGCUGUGCCUCUCUUCCCAACCGCCGAGAGAGACCUACUGGGCAUUCAGCACCUACUCAACUCAUCAGAGUCUAGCCUCCACCAGCUAACUGCCCUACUGGACUGUAGAGGACUCAACAAGGACUACCUGGAUGCCCUGAUCGGUGUGUGUUAUGAUGGGGUAGAGGGCCUGCUCUACCUCUGCCUCUUCUCCAUCCUGGCAAUUUGUGCCUUCUGUGCCAUGCUGUGUGCCAUCCCCCGGGCAUGGACACAUAUCACCAGCAGGGAGCGUGAUUAUGACGAUAUAGACGAGGGUGACCCGUUUAACCCUCAGGCCAGACGCAUGACGACCCACGACUCCAACCAUGCCACCAACAUGCACAGCUUCUGCAGCUACAGCAGCAGUGUGGGCAGCCAGAGCAGCCUUCACCCGCCUGCCACCCAUGCUGCCCAGACUGUGUCCAACGCACCCGUCUCAGAGUACAUGACCCAGUCAGCGUUGUUCGGGGGAAACCCACGGUACGAGAACGUUCCUCUGAUCGGGAGAGGCUCUCCGCCCCCCUCGUACUCCCCCAGCAUGAGGGCUACAUACCUGUCCAUGACUGAGGACCAGAUCAGACACUUUGGGAGUGAUUUCCAGGCAUAGAGCUGCUCCUCCCUCCCUCCUCCUCUUUAAUCUCUGCCAUCACCAAGAGGGUUCUCAAACAGGCAAACACACAUACACGCACAACUACUCCAGCAGUGUGUGACUUUGUGGCUGCUACACGGACCCACUUCUCGUCCAACUCACUGGACUGGACCAAGGCCUGAUAUGAGGAAAGGUGUGACACACACAGUUGUCCCAUCCCAAACCCAAUUCAAUUCAAUCUAUUUCAGUUCUCCCUUGCUGUCUCCAGAGAAUGCAGCAAUGUAAAGCCCUACUAUUCCACAUUGCAUGUUGUGUCCACUGUCUGAAGGUGUAGUCAAAAGAAAUUCUGCCAAAGUUCUCUUGGAAACUUUUCUAAUAGCUUUAGAUUGAAAUAUUUUGGUUUGUCUGCAGCAUUUGUUUUAGGCAAGACCUUUGAAAAUGUAAGAUAGAGAAAUUAUAUAUAUAUUUUUUAUUUUCAUUUAAUUUGACCUAUAAUAUCAAACUUACAACAUGUCCUUUGGCCACCAAUUCAGUAUGUGAGUCCUCAUAUUUCCCAGCUCUUUGUGUAGUAGUAGUGUUGAAAAAAAAAAUUAAAAUCGAAAUUGUCAUAAUAAUGAUUUAUUUUAAAAACGCUAGCUUGAUUCAUUCACUCUGACGAGACAAUAGUAACUUUUACAGGAAAUUGCUUUUAUAAUGAUCUAUUGUUCAGAUCCUAAUGAUACGAUUAGUCUAUUUUGAAAUUAAACUUCUUCUAAAACAUAUGUUAAGAAUGGAAGCAUGUUUUUGUGCCUAUAACCACUCCCUAUUCACCUAAACAGAUGUUCUAUAAUAGCUACUGUAGGUCUAUGACUGUUAACUCAAAAGGAAGGACCAUACUAUGACUGUUGAUACCUGAUACUCCAACCAUUUGUAUUUGAUGAAAUUGGCCAAGAACAAGUACAUCAGAAAUGACAUUCACACUCUUAGAACUGGAAAGUGUCUACUGUCAAAGGGUCCUCCCUUUGCCUCCACGGCUACAAACGACACAUACUGUAUAUUCCAUAAUAGUAGUUAUAUGUUUCCACAUACACCUCAGACCUAAACCUUGUGAAGCACAAACCUAACCCUGACUGUAUGGUAGGGCCUGGGAUAGUGGCCCUACACUAUGCCCUGUCUACACUAUGCCCUGUCUACACUAUGCCCUGUCUACACUAUGCCCUCCCUACACUAUGCCCUGUCUACACUAUGCCCUCCCUACACUAUGCCCUCCCUACACUAUGCCCUCCCUACACUAUGCCCUGUCUACACUAUGCCCUCCCUACACUAUGCCCUGUCUACACUAUGCCCUCCCUACACUAUGCCCUCCCUACACUAUGCCCUCCCUACACUAUGCCCUGUCUACACUAUGCACUCCCUACACUAUGCCCUGUCUACACUAUGCCCUCCCUACACCAUGCCCUCCCUACACUAUGCCCUCUCUACACCAUGCCCUCCCAACAUUAUGCCCUCCCUACAACAUGCCCUCCCUACACUAUGCCCUCCCUACACUAUGCCCUCCCUACACCAUGCCCUCCCUACACUAUGCCCUCCCUACACCAUGCCCUCCCUACACCAUGCCCUCCCUACACCAUGCCCUCCCUACACUAUGCCCUCCCUACACUAUGCCCUCCCUACACUAUGCCCUCCCUACACUAUGCCCUCCCUACACUAUGCCCUCCCAACACUAUGCCCUCCCUACACUAUGCCCUCCCUACACCAUGCCCUCCCUACACCAUGCCCUCUCUACACUAUGCCCUCCCUACACUAUGCCCUCUCUACACUAUGCCCUCCCAACACUAUGCCCUCCCUACACUAUGCCCUCCCUACACUAUGCCCUCCCAACACUAUGCCCUCCCAACACUAUGCCCUCCCUAGACUAUGCCCUCCCUAGACUAUGCCCUCCCUACACUAUGCCCUCCCAACACUAUGCCCUCCCUACACUAUGCCCUCCCAACACUAUGCCCUCCCAACACUAUGCUCUCCCUAUACUAUGCCCUCCCAACACUAUGCUCUCCCUAUACUAUGCCCUCCCUACACUAUGCCCUCCCAACACUAUGCCCUCCCAACACUAUGCCCUCCCAACACUAUGCUCUCCCUACACUAUGCCCUCCCAACACUAUGCCCUCCCUACACUAUGCCCUCCCAACACUAUGCCCUCCCAACACUAUGCUCUCCCUAUACUAUGCCCUCCCAACACUAUGCUCUCCCUAUACUAUGCCCUCCCUACACUAUGCCCUCCCUACACUAUGCCCUCCCAACACUAUGCCCUCCCAACACUAUGCUCUCCCUACACUAUGCCCUCCCUACACUAUGCCCUCCCAACACUAUGCCCUCCCAACACUAUGCUCUCCCUAUACUAUGCCCUCCCUACACUAUGCCCUCCCUACACUAUGCCCUCCCAACACUAUGCUCUCCCUAUACUAUGCCCUCCCAACACUAUGCUCUCCCUAUACUAUGCCCUCCCUACACUAUGCCCUCCCUACACUAUGCCCUCCCUACACUAUGCCCUCCCUACACUAUGCCCUCCCUACACUAUGCCCUCCCUACACUAUGCCCUCCCUACACUAUGCCCUCCCAACACUAUGCCAUCCCAACACUAUGCCAUCCCAACACUAUGCCAUCCCAACACUAUACAUAUACCCCUCUGUGUUGCAUGCUCUUCUCCAUUCAGAAAGUCCUGCACAGUGUCUGACACAGGAUUUUAUGUUUUGAGCCAUCAUUUGAACAGUCAUAGACCUACAGUAGCUACAUGUUACAAAUAUAGUUUGUUCACAUACAGCAACUGAAGCACAUAUAUACUGUAGUGUCUGUUUCAGAACAACUUGACUUCUGUAUAUAAAUUAUACGAUAACAGAUUGUCUUAUUUUGGACUACCGGUAUUCAUUUUUCUUUUAUGGUUGUCCCAAUGUGCCACGGGUUGUGUUUUAAACCAAUAAAGCCCUUGGGAGCGAGUUGCUCUGCCACAAUAUCAGAUAUUUUUUCAGAGGCCAUUGUUAUAUGAUGGCAUUCAGUUGUAUGUAUAAACUUGAGUUUUGGUCAUGACUUGGAAAUUGCUGGAAACUAUCAUGGCAGGAGAAAUUGUGUUCAGAUAUCAGUUUUAAGCUGAUCAAUGAUAAUUGUCUUCCAUUUUGAGAAACAUAGUCAUACUCUUAAUGAACAUUCUGUUUUCAUCUAUUGUCAGUUCAUGUUUAAUUCUGUAGGGUUUUGUUAUGUUAUUUUAUGUUGGUUUAUUUUUCAGUUUGAGUCCAUGUGAAGUAGCACUGUCUUCAACCAUUGAGAGUGGUGAUUGAUUUCUAUGUAUCCUCAGACAUGGGGUGUUAUUGUAAGUUAAUAAAAUACUUUUGUGUA